AUGAUUUUUAUGAUUUUUACGUCUAUGUAAAUUAAUGGAUCCAAAACUUUAAAUAUCAAAAAUACAUUUUGAUCUGGGGCUAACAAUAUUGGUGACUACUUUGUCUUGUUGAUUACCUAUUUUAUAAAUUAUUAUUAAAAUUAAUUAAAAUUAGCGAAGUGCUUUAGAAGUAAGCAUUAAGCUGAAAAAAAUUAAAAAUAAUAAUUUACGAGUACAUAAUUAUUUACAUGUCUUUCGAAAAACCAGCUGUUGUGAUUGAUAAUGGCAGUUUUAACAUCAAAGCGGGAUUUGCAUGCGACAACCACCCAGUUUCCAUGUUCCGUACACUCGUUGGACGACCCAACAACUUAAAGGGGGGCUAUGGCCGUGAAUAUUAUGAUGUAUACAUCGGUGAUGAAGCCGCAGCGAAGGUCAUGGAUCUGGAAGUAAACCAUCCUGUAGUACGAGGCAAUAUAGAGCAUUGGGAUAACAUGGAAAGGAUAUGGCACAAUUUGUUCUAUCGAGAGCUAAAAGUCGCACCGGAAGAUCGUGCUGUUAUAUUGGCUUGUGGGGCAACGUCAACCAUGGAAGAAAAAAUAAAAUGCUGUGAAGUUUUUUUUGAGACGCUUAACUGCCCUGCACUUUGUAUACAGCCACAACCUGUGCUAUCAAUGUAUGGAACUGGCACAACUACAGGCAUCUGCGUAGACAUUGGUUAUGAUACUACUGACAUAGUACCAAUUUUCGAAGGUGGUAUGGUCAAGUAUGCACAUGUACAAACAGGGAUCGCUGGUUCCCAAGUAUCAAAAUAUUUAAAGAAAUCUCUGGGACAGCGUGACCUUUUAGAAAUACAUCUUUCAUUCGAAGACAUUGAGGAUAUAAAAAAGCAAUAUUUAUAUGCUACUCCUAACUCUGCUAUGUCGAUACAUAAAAAAAUAUACAAGUUACCAAGUGGUGAAGAAAUUGAUGUGAGCAAUGAGGCAUUCAUGGCUGCGGAACUGAUAUUUCAACCGGAUCUAUUAGACGAUAAUGGAAAAAAACGCAUAUCAUUGCAAGAUGCGGUAGUCACGGCAGCCUCAAAAUGUGAUGAAGAGUUGAGACUGGAACUUUAUAAUGCUAUUGUAAGCUGUGGAGGCAUGUCCACCGUGCCGGGGAUAAAUGGGCGAUUACAGAUGGAAAUACAGAAUAAGAUUAAGAAAUCUGUUACAAUUUUAACGUCGUCCGAGCCAUAUGCUGUGGCAUGGUUGGGUGGAGCCACGUUUGCAGGAUUGUCGGAUGCCAAAAAACUUUGGAUACAAAAGAAGCAGUUUGAGGAUUAUGGCGAAAAAAUUGUAAAGAAUAAAUUUAUGUGAACAGUCAUCAAGAGUAGGACAAUUUGUGCACAUGAAAAUAUAUAUAUAUUUAAAAAAGUUUAAUAGGAGCAGUCAGUAUCAUCGUAGCCCAAAAUAGUGAAUUUUAAUUUAAUUAUGUCUAUCUGUGCGCUUAUCACCAUGAAACUACUAAAAGAAUAUAAAUGCAAAUUGGUUCACGACUAAUUGAUUUGUGAUUCUUAGGUUAAUGUCGUGUAAAUUUAGCGAAGAUCUGAUGAAUGGCUUCGGAAAUAACUGAUGGUAUGGGUUUCAUAAGAAAGCUCAAAGUCAGUCAGAAAGCGAUGGGAAGAGCUUUGCUUGCAAUUUCUCUAUAUGAUAUCAGAAAUGAGGAGAUCCGUAGGAAACCAGAGUAACCAACAACGGUGGAUUGCGAAGGUGAAGUUCUCGCACAUACCUAGUUCGAAAACCUGAAGGCUUUGGGGUCCCAAGAAGCUGGGAUGGCGACCUCGCACCGAUGGAUACUUGAUGGACAAACGACAUCGCAGGGAAUCACUAGUCGGUUGACAAUUAGGAUGAAACUUCAUGUCCCCGUUUAUCUUGUCUAUACACUGCAACAUUAUUUAGGACUUUGAAAAACAUAGGAGCUAUAAGUUUUCAAAAUCAACUUAUCAAAAUCCCUUAGCUACACUAAUCACCAAAACUUUAAUUAAUUAAUUGCAAACAUCCUUUUAGAUCGUCAAAAUCGUUAUUACAGCAAGUGGAAUAAAUUACAAUGGCAAUCAAAUGAAAUCGUACCUACCUAUCUUAGAAUUUUCAGGAUUCAAAUAGGUAAUUACUUUCCGCUGCUGCACCAAUCCUCAUUUCGUAUUCCUAAGGAAGGGUAAGAUAACCGUUCGCUAUCUUACAUUUAAGUACGUAGUAGGUAGGUACAUAUUGAAGUCGUUUACGGAGCCAUAUUAUUAUUAUCUUCGAACUACGAGUAGCAUUUUCACGAUAUCUCUAAAGGCCUUGUUAAUUUUCUGACUAUUCAGGAUAUAAUAAGUUUGGAUACAAAGUAUUUACCAUCUGAUUUUGCUCUUUGUUAAAUA